GGAAGACACAACUGUAUCUGCGUUCUCGCGUGCACGAGGUCCAGACCCCACGAGCUGUAAUUCGUUUUGAGGACGACAUUUGGACCUUGCGGUACAGCUGUUGCAAGUCACAGAACGGAAAGUGAUCAUUGGAUGGUCACACUAGGAACAGAAGCCAGGAGGAACAGGUCACAAUCACGCUAUACAUUAACCGUCGGUCAUGGCUUCCGGGCGUGAUGCAGUCCCUGCUGGUGUCCGCGGAACCUCGUCCCAGGUAGGCUUCCAGCGUCCCCAACAGCGCGCAGUUUCAUCUUCAAUGGGAUCCCUUCCUGCGAGGGACCAAGGACUUCGUGAUGACCGACGCUACAUGCUUCGCCCCGUAAGAACGGCUCCCCUUCAUCGUCUUGGCUCCGACCGUGGAGAACCUGGGGCAGAAGGAAUGCCUGUUCGUUCGUCUCGUUCGGGUGUCUACAGCCUCCCAUGCCCACCGGAGAUGCGACGUGCUUCGCGGGAACAGCCCUUGUCACGUUCCUUGGGAACAACUUCUGGCUUUCUGGAUGAGUACCAUAAGCACCGGGUGCAGUACGAGAUGCAGCACGCUGUUGACGACACCUACGUUGAGCGCCCGCACAUACUUCCUCAUAGUCAGGAGAAGAUGCUCGUGCGCCCUGUGGGAUCAAGGAGUUCGCUGACACCUCAGGUCUCGCAGCACAUGAAGUCGCACGAAGAGCACGCUGCACAGUACGUGCAACAGGUGUCGGCGCAGGAUGCAGUAACUCUCCAGAAGCAGCAACAGUUUCAACGUCAGCAACAACAGAUGCAGCAGCAUCACAUGGAACAACAUUCUCAACGCACGCAACGACAGCAGCAAAUGUCGCAGCAAGAACAGCUGAAGCAGCAGCACAUGGAACAGCAGCAGCAAAUGGAACAGCAGACUGAACAGCAACAGGAGGAUGAGAAAUCUGCUCAGCUUCAGCAGAUGAAGCAGCUACAGUUGCAACAGCAGCAAAUGCAACAACAGCAAAUGCAACAGCAGCAACAAAUGCAGAUGCAACAGCAUCAGGCAGAACAACAGCAAGUGGAAGGACAGCAACCACAACAAUCUCAGCCAAACCAGCAAACCUCUGAAGACCAAGCUCAGAUGGUCCAAGUUCCACAUGAACUAACGCAGCAGAUGCAGUACCAUCAGCAAAUGCAAUAUAUUCAGCAGCAGCAACGCGCCGUAUACUAUCAGCAUCCUUUGCAGGUUGUGCAACCAAUACAGGUUCAACCGCAGGCAAGGCAGGUUCUUCAAGCCGAGCACCAAGUUGUGCAGUACCCUGCACAGAUGAUACAAGGAUACGACGCCAGGGGUUAUCCAUGCUACUUUGUCCCAGGAACGGAGGAUCACUACAUGAAGGGAGAAUACCCGAUGGUGUGGCAAUAUGGUCCACAAGAAGCGUGGGUUCCCGCGGAUAAGCUUUCAGUGCGCCCAGCUGAUACGACACAGCAGAUGGCCAUGAUGUAUCAAGCAGGCGAUGUACCCGCAGCCGUGGCAAAGCAAUACCAACCAGUGUCAGAGGCGAGCACCGAACGUGAUCGGGACGGAGCCUCAUCAGGAGAUUCCAGCUCUGUUGUUGCUGACCAGGGUACUGCUCAGUUUCAGGAAGCUUCGACAACUGCUUCGGAGACUUCGCCUACUAAAGUGCUAAUGAAGGAGGAUUCCAAAAGUGUGGUGUACUUCAUGGGAAGCCAGGCCUCAUCCGACAGUGAGGAAUACAGUAGUGUUACCAGUGCAAGCGAAUCAGGUGUUAUUCAGCUUAAUGUUGCUACCGCGGGCAACGAGAAACGUGCGGCACAAGUCAGCGGUCUGCGCAUCACUGGACAACAGGGAAUGCCUGCAACUGCUGCUGGAGGACCAGUCUAUUUGCCAGCUCCACCUAACCGCGAAGCUUUAGCACAACGUCCUAGUCUGGCAAAUGUAGCCGCCAAGCCAACAGAAAGCAAGGCUUCAAAAGUUACCAAGUCAUCCAUCGUCAGCUUGGCUGCUCCAUUGCUCCCUUCGGCAGGUCUGGGAAGCCCUUUCAACAUGUCAGAACAGGCUUGUAUCCUGUUCAACGUCAUCCUGAUCAGCGUCCUCGUGGGCACUGUGGGAGCCUUCGUCUUCCGCCAAUACUACUCGUGAAAAAUCAUUGGUGCCGUGUGAUGCCUUCUUUGUUUAACGCUUUGUUUGAGGCACAAAAUUCUACAGAAAUAAAGGCCUACGGGAAUUCGUUUGA